AUGGAGUUGACUGCACAUGGGACGAAGGGAUUUGCCAAGUCAAAGACGAGACAUUAUCUCUUAGAUCAGGAGCAGGAGCAGGAGCAGGAGCAGGAGCAACAGCAACAGCAACAGCAACAGCAACAGCAACAGCAACAGCAACAGCAACAGCAACAGCAACAGCAACAGCAACAGCAACAGCAACAGCAACAGCAACAGCAACAGCAACAGCAACAGCAACAGCAACAGCAACAGCAACAGCAACAGCAACAGCAACAGCAACAGCAACAGCAACAGCAACAGCAACAGCAACAGCAACAGCAACAGCAACAGCAACAGCAACAGCAACAGCAACAGCAACAGCAACAGCAACAGCAACAGCAACAGCAACAGCAACAGCAACAGCAACAGCAGCAUUAA